AUGCCUAGCCUUACCCUUCCACCGGUCCCGCGCCGCGUCAUCCCUUCCCCCACGAAAGAGGACUUGGACUACGCCGACUUGGCUAUCAUAGACUUCUCCAAAGUGCAUACUGAAGAAGGACGUGCCCAACUUGCCGUCGAAGUCCGGGAUGCGCUUUCCGUUCAUGGCUUCUUCUACAUUAUAAACCAUGGCUUAAAUCAAAACGAGAAUGAUCGCAUCUUCGAUAUCGCCGACGUUCCUUUCAACUCGGUUCAAGAUGAAGAGAAGCGCCUCUAUGCCUCGGACAUGAAGGGCGCUGGUUCCUACCAGGGAUACAAGAUGCGAUCUCUUUGGCACAUCGACAAUGGUGUCCGUGACCAAUUGGAGCACUACAAUAUCAACCACGACGUUAGCAGGAAGCGUCACCCGAAGCCUGUUGAACCUCUCAUUCCCGAGAUUGAAUCCUUCAUCAAAUUUAAUCACUUUCAUGUGCUUAACAACAUCCUUCGCCUGCUAGCUCGUGGAAUGGAGCUUCCGGAAGACACUUUCGUCAAAGAGCAUGACUUCAAUGUCCAGGGAGAAUCAUACGAACAUGACAGUUAUCCUAGGACGGACGAGGACGAGGAGAAGAGCAAAAACGUAUGGCUGAAAGGUCAUACUGAUAUCGGCAGCGUAACUAUUCUCUGGAGUCAGCCCGUUUCUGCGCUGCAGAUUCUCUGUAAGGACGAGAAAUGGCGAUGGAUCAAGCAUAUUGACAACGCCCUUGUGAUCAACUCGGGCGAUGCAAUGGACUUCCUGUCAGGGGGUUUCUACAAAGGCACAAUCCAUCGUGUUGUCCAGCCCCCGCAGGACCAGCGUGGCCUUACUCGUCUCGGCAUAUUCUAUUUUGCCAUGCCACAUGACGAGGUCAAGUUGGUUCCGCACCUCGAGAGCCCCGUCCUUCAGAGGGUUGGGGUGAAGCGUCGGUGCAGUGAUGAUCAAGCACCUACAAUGCGGAGCUGGCGACAGGGAAGAGUGAGAGGUUACGGCUUUGUCCCUUUGAGAAAGCGAGAGGAUGGUCAUGAGGAAGAGCUGAAUCGUACGCUCACCCGUGUGGAGAUUACUGCAAUAGCGUGGGGUGUCAACAUUGCCUCUGGAAUUAUCAACACCGUCGGAACCAAGGGCAUCGGCGCGAUGAGCUCUCUCAAUGUAUGGUGGACGUUAGGUGGCACAUUUGUGCUCGUCAUUACACUCCUGGUUAAGGCACCCAUGAAGAAUACGGCAGACUUCGUUUUCACUGACUACCAGAAUUUUACUGGUUGGAGCAAUCGUGGAUUUGUUGUGCUGCUCGGCUUUCUUCAGGCCGUGUACUCUCUAGAGGGAUGCGAGACAGCUGCCCAGGUGGCCGAAGAGGCACAGCGCGCUGAAAUCCUUGCCCCGCUCGCCGUCGUAGGAUCCGUCGUAGGGUCAUGGCUCAUCGGCCUCGCGUACAUGCUCGCGCUGCUUUUUUCUGUACAGAGCAUCGCACGCGUCCAGGAGACGACGUACGCACUCCCUAUCACGCAGCUCUUCUACGAUGCAGUCGGCCAGCGGCUGACGCUCAUGUGUGUCUCCGUCAUUGCGAUCGCGCAGUUCAUGGCCGCCGUGACGGGGUUCACCGCAAGCUCGCGGCUGUUCUACGCGCUUGGCCGGGACAACGCAUUCCCGAUGAAAGAACGCUUCAUGCGGCUAAAUCGCUUUCAGGCGCCAUAUUGGGGUGUGUGGCUAUCAGUGCUCGUGGGAUGUGUUAUCUCCUGCGCGUACAUCGGGUCUGUUGUGGCGUUCAAUGCGAUCCUAUCCUCUGCGGCCAUUGCAGUUAUGCUGAGCUACCUUCAGCCCAUCCUGAUACGUGUCUUCUGGCCCUCAACAAGCUUGCCUGAGCUAGGCCCGUUCCAUCUGGGUCGUUGGUCUUGGGCAGUGAACUUCGCGAGCUUCUUGUUCUCUGUAUUCAUCUGCGUGCUCUUCAUUCUCCCAACUUCAUACCCGGUAAACGCGCUGAAUAUGAACUAUGCGAUUGUGGCGAUUGGCGGGGUGAUCAUCUUGUUUCCGAGCAGACAUCUUCCAAGUACGAGUAACAAAUGGAAUCAAGAGAAGUUGAUCGACCUAGAUCUACUAUGUGAAGCGUAUGACGUCUCGAACACGGUAGGAUUUGCUACUGGUCCGGAGUAUUCAAGUCGUCCUGAUUGCGCGUUGACAGGCAUGGAGAGAGUGGAACAGCAGCGCUGGCAUCUACAAUCGGAAUCCGCGGAUCUCAUGGGUGACCACAUUGUGCUUCUUCAGGCACCCGAUGGCUUGUGA